UGAUUCCUUAAUCUGCAAGAUUGAGUUUGAUUCUAUAAAGUGUAUUGGUGUAGUAAUUUCAUACCAUGGUGGCGACCCGAUGCAGAGGAAAAGAGGAAGGUCGAGGCCGGAAGGACUCCCUAAUGUAGGCCUCAGCGGGCUGAUAUGAAAAUGAGCAGGAAGAAAAAGGGGAAGUAAGCGGAGUCGAUUCCUCUCUGUGGGUGGGUUUAAGCUUCUUGCAUCACAGAGCAACACACAUUUUAUGGAAGGCGAGCAACUGAGGCAAAGGUUCAUGCCACCACUUCAAGCCUCAGCAUCUGCAGUUGUAUGUCUGAUGCUUGAAUUUUCUGGGUCUCUGGAUUCAUCCUGACUGAAUCAUGUCAGAACUUAUACUGGAAGAAAUCUUCAUUAAACGAUCUCAGCAGAAGAAGAAGACCUCUCCUUUGAACUACAAGGAGAGAUGGUUUGUUCUCACCCCGGAAAAAAUAUCCUACUAUGAUUUUGAUCCUGACAAAGGGAAGCGAAAAGGUUUGAGAGGAUCAGUUGACCUAGAGAAGAUCAAGUGUGUAGAGACGGUCCAGCCUGAGCCCAAUGCCCCGCAAGAGCGCACAUUUGCAUUCCAGAUCGUUUAUGAUGAGGGGCCGCUGUACAUCUUUGCAAAGACAGACGAUGUCCGUGCUCAGUGGAUAAAGAAGCUGAAAGAAAUGGUGCGCUUCAACAAGGAUCUCAUGCAGAAGUACCAUCCUUGCUCCUGGAUGGAUGGGGUGUGGCUGUGCUGCCAACAGGAAGUUAAACAAGCCAUGGGUUGCAAGGUGCUGGAUAGUAAGAACGGCUUUACGUCUAAACCAUCUCGGCGAAGGGGAUCUAGGAAACCUCUUCCUCCUACCCCAACAGAGGAGAAGCCUAGUCGGCCUUUACCUCCACAGCCUCCUGAGCAACCUACCCGCUCUGUAGGCAUGACUGUCAUAGCAGAGUAUAAUUACACACCCAUGACACCCCACGACCUGGAGCUGAGGAAGGAUGAAGAGUACACCAUCCUGGAGAUGUCUGAUGCAAACUGGUGGAGAGCCAAAGACAAAUAUGGAAAAGAGGGAUACAUACCUAGUAAUUAUGUUGUGGAAGCAGAAAAUGGGCUAGAAAGAUUUGACUGGUAUUGCAAGAAUAUGAACCGUAGCCAGGCAGAAAAGCUGUUGAAGACUGAGAAUAAAGACGGAGGCUUCUUGGUCCGGGACUCGAGCAAGGCCGGGAAAUACACAGUGUCUUUGUUUAGUAAGGGUGGUGGGGAAACUGGUGGGAGCUGCAGACAUUAUAACAUCUGCACGUCCCCACAGGGCCAGUUUUACCUGGCAGAGAAGCAUAAUUUCAACACCAUCCCAGAGCUCAUCAACUACCACCAGCACAAUGCAGCAGGGAUGGUGAGCAGGCUGAAAUACAUUGUGUCUAACCGGGCACGGCCUCCAUCAACAGCAGGGCUUGGCUAUGGUGUGUGGGAGAUUGACCCCCGUUACCUCACCUUCAUCAAGGAGCUUGGCACUGGUCAGUUUGGAGUGGUGAAGUAUGGAAAGUGGCAGGGCCAGCAUGACGUUGCCAUUAAGAUGAUCAAAGAGGGCUCCAUGUCUGAAGAUGACUUCAUAGAAGAAGCCAAAAUCAUGAUGAAGCUCCGUCACGAAAACCUAGUCCAGCUGUACGGCGUGUGCACCAAACAAAGGCCCAUUUAUAUAGUGACAGAGUUCCUUUCCAAUGGCUGCCUGCUGACGUACCUGAAGGAAGGCUUGAAGCAGCACCCAACAGCUGUCCAGCUCCUAGAGAUGUGUAAAGACGUCUCUGAGGGCAUGGCCUAUCUUGAGUCGAAGCAGUACAUCCACAGAGACCUGGCUGCCAGGAACUGUUUAGUAGAUGGCAAUGGCACCAUCAAAGUGACUGACUUUGGACUGUCAAGGUAUGUCUUAGAUGAUGAGUACACAAGCUCAGCAGGUUCCAAGUUUCCUGUUCGCUGGUCACCUCCUGAGGUUCUCCUCUACUGCAAAUUCAGCAGCAAGUCGGACAUAUGGGCAUAUGGGGUUCUUAUGUGGGAGGUGUACACUUUGGGAAAGCUUCCAUAUGAACGUCUUAACAACACGGAAAUAGUGGAACAGGUGUCCCGGGGCCUGCGCCUCUACCGCCCCCAGCUGGCCAAUGAAAAGGUCUACAACAUCAUGACAAGCUGCUGGUUUGAUAAAGCAGAUGAGAGACCUGCCUUUGAGGAGUUGGCUCUGACUGUUCAGGAUUUGCUGUAUGAGCUCCAAUAGAUCUCAAAAUAACUUAAUAAUAGAUAACAAAAUAACACAAUAACACACACACACACACACACACACACACACACACACACAGUGUAGCAUCUCCAUAUGUCCCUAGAAAGUUAACACAGUCAUUAAAAAAGUUGAACAUCGGACUGCACAGCCACACUGAGAUCCUCUGUAAUGUGAAUAUGUGUCACUAUAACUCAAUUAUUAGAAUAGCUGCAUUUUUAGAAGUACCUACUGUCCUACAGACUAGCAAUUUAAAAUAUGUAUAUUUUAUUGGAGAUUGUUGUAUUCUGUGUAUUGUAUUAUGUGGAAUCAUUGUAAAAUGUAGACACAUUUGCAUGUGGAAACAAGCUUUGUGAGAAAAUAUCUAUUGCACAAAUAAAAGCCAAGUAUGCAGGGCUUUGAAGUGACUGAAAUGUGAAAUGAAAAUGUCAAAACAUC